ACGCUCGUGACCUCACGUGGUCUUCUGUUUACAGCAAUCAUUGGUUGGUGUGCUGUAGCUAUGGAUGUUCUUUUCAUGGUCUGCGUUCUGCUAGUGGCAGUCCAAUGCGGUGUUGAUGCUCAUGACGUUAAAAGGCCUCGAGUGAAUUCAGACAACCAUGGAAAUCUUGAGUUUGUUUCACAAGGGAAUGUGACGUUUCGAACGGGACAAAGCUCUGAACAAGGAACAGUGACGGGUGUUUGGUUGGAUGGCAGACUUUUGAGACUUCCUGAUUCGGGUCCACAAGGCCCACAGGGUUCUAAAGGUGAUGGUGGCAUGAAAGGCGAAAAAGGUCAAAAUGGCUUAUCUGGUCAGAAAGGAGAGCAGGGCGCACCAGGCGUAGAUGGUGCAAGUGGCAUACAGGGUCCUAGGGGUGACUCGGGUUUAGCAGGCAAGACUGGUGAAAAAGGGCGGAAAGGAGAAGUUGGAGUACAGGGUAUUAAAGGGGUCGUUGGAGCAGCAGGACAGAAAGGGGCUACAGGUCUGACUGGAAGUAAAGGCGAUAAAGGUAUUUUGGGACAAAAGGGAGGCACUGGUGCUGCUGGGCUCAAGGGAGUAAAAGGAGAGCAAGGGAAACAAGGAGCAGCUGGAACAGAUGGAAAAACUGGUCCACAAGGUCCUCCUGGUCCACAGAAGCUUGUAACUUCUACUGCAACAUGUAACAAGACAACUACAGGUUUGCUUCGUUAUGAACCAAACAGUAAGUCAGUUGCAUAUUGUGAUGGUGCACUAUGGCUUUUCUUGACUGGAGAUGCACAACAUGGUACUGUGAACAAUCCAGGCAAACACUGUGCAGAUCUCAAGCAAAAGGGUGUGACAAAAAGUGGCGCCUACUGGAUUAAACCAUCACAGACAGAUCCUGCUUUUCAGGCAUACUGUGAAAUGCAAAGUGAUGGUGGUGGCUGGACUUUAAUCAUCAAGAUGGAUGGCACAAAAACAACUUUCUCGUAUGACAAGAGCAUUUGGAAAGAGAAGAAAGAGUUAAAUCCAUCACAAGUUGGAGCUCUUGAUAAGAAUGAAUGUAAACUGCAGUCUUACUGGACACUGAGCUUUACAGAGAUGAGACUAGGAAUGCAAGUUGGCUCUACUACAAGAUGGAUCACGUUUUCAUACAAAGCAUCGUCACUCUUCAGUCUUACUUCAACUGGGAGUCACAAGGCCACAAAUCUUGGCCGAAAUAAGUGGAAGAGCUUGAUUGGAUCACAGGCAUCACUGCAACCCAAUUGCAAUCAGGAAGGAUUCAAUAAUAUAGCAUCAGGUCAUCCACAUGACAAAGUACGCAUAGGAAUCAUUGCUAACCAGGAGAACGAUUGUUCGAGUGUGGAUUCUCGACUUGGGUUUGGAGGUUAUGGUGAUGUUUGUGGUGUUCCUGAUUCAUAUCGAGACACUUCCUGUGGCAACACGGUUGUGUGCAGUGGAGACAAUGGCGACAAGAACAUUCCUGCAACUGGAUUCAUUAUGGCAAGAUAAUGCUUUGACAUUUCGGCGCCUGCAUUAGAUGUCAUCUCAGUCUGCUGCUUGCUUAGUGGCUUUUCAUUAGUCACCACAGGUCUGUGUGCGUUGCGCUAGCUGGCAUAUUAAAUACCAUUUUUUCAAGCGUUUCAAUUUACGUUAUUCAAGAAAUUCAAG